CAAACAACACAAAUCCGCCGCUGCUGUCACAAAAAAGUGCUCCGUUUCUUUUCGGUUGCUGCAUUUUUCGCUCGAAUAGUGUUAAAAUUUGUGUCUUUUCGAAGCGAAUUCGAGUCGCGAGUGAAGAACCGAUUGCCGCGCAUAGAAUAAACUUAAAAUCUUUUUGAAAAUUGAGAAGUAUUCCUUGGAAUUCGUCGCCAAAGCUGAGCGGCGUUUGUUUUGUCUGGAAGUUUGGGCGGAGGAAGAGGAAAACAAAGAAAUCGUCCGGAUCGUCAGCGGAAUGGAGAAUAACCGGGCGGAGAACACCGGCCAUGGGGACACGAUCGACGAUAGCUUCACCUCGCUGUCGAAGCGGCUCAGCUUCGACUAUUUGAACGCGUCCUUCGAGCUGAAUCGCAAAAAGCGCAAACUGUACGACAUGAACGACAUCUCGUCGGACGGGCACAACAGCACGGUGGACGAGCGGAACGUCAGCCAGGAGGGUUUUGGAGGUGGCGUUUCGCAGUGUUCGAUUGCGGUGCAGAGUCCGUGGGAGACGCGCCGGAUGAAGGCGGAUCUGAUUGAGGCCCGGUCGCGGAUCACGAUGCUGAAGAAGGAGAUCGAGCACCAGAACACGGAGCUGGCCACGUCGCAGCUAAAGAGUCAGCACAAGAUUUCCUCGCUGGAGAAGGAGCUGGCGCACUCGGUGAAGAAGGUGACGGAUUUGGAGAAGCAUGUGUCGACGUUGAGGAAGCGGGAACAGGUGGCGAAGGAGGAGCUGGUCAAGACGAAGAAUCAGUUCAACAUUUUGAAGCAAUCGUCGGACGAUGAGCUGUUUGAGCUGCGGCGGGCGGUGAAGGAGUGGGAGCAAAAGUACGAUUACGAGACUGGCCAGCUGAAUUCGGAGAUUCGCGAUUUGAACCAGCAGAUGAUGGACAUUGAGGAUCAGCUGUCGAUGGUUCAGGAAGAGCUGGAUUCGUAUAAGGAGCUGACGGAUUCACUUCAAUCGAAGGCAAAUUCUUACGAUUCUACAAAGAAAGAGCUUGACGACUCGCAGGAACGACUUGCGGAGGCAGAAUCAAAGAUAAAAUCUCUUGAGUAUGAAAUUGGAAGCUACGAGGAUUGGAAGAACCUCUCUAAACUGUCCACAUCCCGGCUAGCAAACUACACCGAAAUGGAAAAGGAAGUUGGUCGGCUGAAGGAAGAGUCAAGAAAUUUGCACGGCGUCAUUGGCAACAAAAUGCUGCUGGAGGAACAGGUGGCCAGCCUGAAGACCCGCUUGGAAAACUUUGAAAAGAACGAAGUUGACGUUGUCACCGUCAGCGUCAAGGUCAAAGAGCUCGAGCGUGAACUGGCGGAUUGGCGCAAACUGGCCGUCGAUUUCUGUCCGAAGAAUUCCGCCUGCAACCCGGUGGUCGUCCGCUCUCACAUUGACCAGAUCCUGCAGAAGGACCUCAUCCUGACGAACGAGAAAACCUCGGUCAAAAACGAAAAGAAUCAGGUUCAGGCGGCCAUCGCCGAGACCAAGUCGGAGAACGAGCAGCUGCAGAAACAGCUGGAAGACUACAAGCGCUCGCUGAAGCACCACCAGUCGAUUCUGCAUCGCGUCCAGAAGAAGCUGCACCUGGUCGUGGGCGAACGGGACUGCUGGAAGCAGUUGCUCGACAGCUACGAGAAGGACUUGACGAUCAACCCGAGCACGGUGAGCAACCAGGAGCAGCUGAUGCGCACCCGGAUUGACAUGCUCGAGAAGCAGCUGGUCGGCUAUCGGGAGCUGAACGGGAAGUUGGAGGGGGAGCUGCAGUCGGCAAAAUCGAUACCCGAGUCGAUGGGUAUGGACUCGGCCCUCACCAGUGAGCAGUACGAGAAGCUUCGGCGCGAGAUUGACACGCUUCGGUUGGAAAACGACAAACUCAAGCGGCGCAAGGAGGAACUGGAGCUGGAGUUGGAAAACGUCACGCUGCGUGCGGAGUUGAACCGCGAUCGGUUCCAGGUGGUCCGCUACACCGAUUCCCCCGCGAACGAGGCGUACGAAGCCCACGGGAAGGAGCUGGAGAAGCUGCAGGCGGAAAUCGAGCGGCUUCGGAUGCGCAACCGAAAGUUGGAGGAGGGAAAUGACGAGCUGACGAUGCGGCUGAACGACAGCAACAUGACGAUGAACGUGAUGGAGCUGAACAACAUGCGCGCCCAGGUCCAGUCGCUCGAAGCGAAGAAUCAGCACAUCAAGGAGAUCUACAAAGCGGCCAGCAACGAGUUCCGCGAGGUGUGCUACAUGCUGUUCGGAUAUCGCGUAGACCGCGUCGGCAACACCAACUACCGGAUCUCGAGCAUGUACGCCGAGAGCGAGGAAGAGUACCUCAACUUCCGGCUGAACGAGUCCGGCACGGUGCUGAACAUGCUCGAGACGGCCUACAGCGAGUCACUUGCGGACAUGGUUCAGUCGCAACUGGGCACGCACGGCUCGCUGCCCGCGUUCCUCAGCAAUCUGACGCUGGACCUGUUCAACCGGACGACGGUCAUGGUGCAGGGUUGAAGACACGCACUCACUUUCACUUGAAAUCGUCAAUGAAGCGAUUAAAUUAUAAAUCUAUCCCUUAAAAAUUGAAGAGAGAGUGGCUUUCGGAUUGCUUUCGAGUUGAGAAAUGUCCCAAUUUUCAAUCACUUUGUUUAUUAUGGAUCCGUUCAUCGUUAUAAGUGCUUAAAUGUUUUGCUUUUAGUAAUUUGAAGAUUCCCUUAUAUGACUUCUUUGUUUAAUUUCUCUAGGUCGUACACGGUAAAGUUUUCCCUUUCUCUUUGAAUUAGUUUAAUUUUUGGUUUAAAGUUACUUUUUCUUUGUUACAUUUGCUUUGCUAUCACCUCUUCGAAUCGGUAGAAGAUUAUGGGGGAAAAAAUAUGUAGACGUAAAAACGCGUUCAAUAUCACGUGAUCGAUCUUCUUUCUCCUUCGUUUCGUUUAGGUUUUGUAUUUUCUGUGAGUUUCCAAUUGACGAAUGGGUGAGCGUUUUUGGUUGGUUUGUUUUAGU